CUCAGUGUAAAUAAAAAGUUUUUCAGGUCUGAAGGCCUCUGGAUAAUCUGCCAGAUUAGCCGUGCUCAGUCUGUCAGCAGUGAGCAGAUUAACCUGGCUCCAGUCAAGAUGUCGGGCAGAAGAGCGUGUCUGUUCUCAGUGCUGCUGUCGCUGUUGCUACUGCAGGGAUCGGCCUUCGUGGAGGAGCUUGAUGACUCCUUCAUGGAAACCAAAGGAUCAGAUGAGAUCUGGCUCAUUGAGUUUUACGCCCCCUGGUGUUCCUUCUGUAAACAGCUGGAUCCUGUUUGGCAUGAAAUUGGAUCAGAACUCAGGAGUCUAGGUUCAAUGGUUCAAGUUGGGAAGUCAGACGCAACUGUCAGCACUGGUUUGGCCAAAGAGUUCAGAGUCAGAACCUAUCCAGCAAUCCUCAUGUUAAAGAAGAACACCAAAUAUAACUAUGCAGGACCAAGAACGAAAGAGGGGAUCAUGGACUUUGCCAAUCGGAUGGAAGGACCGGUGGUUCGAUCAUUGAGCAGUCCGCAGCUCUUCCAACAUGCUAUGAGUCAUCAUAAUGUAAUGUUUGUUUACGUGGGGGCCACUUCAGAGCUCAAGGGAAACUUCACUACAGUAGCAGAGGAACUCAUCGUUCACACUCACUUCUUUUCUACAACCAGAGAUGUCUUACCAAAGUCCGUGUCCUUGGACUACCUGCCAGCUAUCGUCGUUUUUAAAGACAGAACAUAUUUAACUUAUGAUGAGGAAAGUGAUGGUGAUUUGAAGGCGUGGAUUAACAGGGAACGCUUUCUGAACUUCCAACACAUUGACAGCUAUACUUUGUAUGCUAUGGGAGAGUCAGGCAAAUUAGUGCUACUGGCUCUGGUGGAGGAGAGACACCUAUGUAGCAAAAGCCUGAGGUACAAACAUCUAGUAGAGAGAGUGGCUGAAGAACACAAGGAGACCUACAGCAGGUUCUUCCUCUUUGGCUUUAUGGCAGCUGGGGACUACAUCAAUGGAUUUGUGAUGGGAGAGGUCACUGUGCCCUCUUUGAUCGCGGUUAAUCUGUCCAAUGACGGCUACUACCAGCCAGCUGGUCCUGUGGAGACAGAGCGCCAGCUGCUGGAUUUCCUGGACGGGGUUCUAGAUGGUACCAUUGAGAUGAAGGGAGGAAACGGCUUCAGUCAGCGUGUCCAGCGCGUCAUUUAUGAAACAAAAGCCACAGUGAUCCCGGUGUUCAGAGAUGCUCCACUGAUUGGCUGCUUUCUGGCUGGCUUCCCACUUGCCAUUGGUGCUUUCUUCUGUUUCCUCUGCUGUAGGAAUCAAACCAUCCCAGAUGAUGAUGAGGACACCGCCGCACUGUUAGCCUCUUCAGUGCCACAACGCAAAAAAAUAAAAAACAAGAAGUCAGACUGACAGUAAAGGUCAGAAGGGAAAAACAAUGCAGAUCCACCUCUACAAGUCAGAACCAAACUAGUCCUGACUACUGCUGAAGUAACAGAACCUCCACACAGGUUUCAAUCUGCUGCCAAAAAUGCCACAUUUGAGUUGAACUUGAUCCAGCAGAACUCAAAUCUGUCUACUGAUCCUUGCAUGAGAAAUAAAGGAUUCUGAUCCAUCA